CUUCGUAUUCAAGCAAGCGCUCUUGGCGUUCUUCAAGAAUAUGCUAAGUCUCUCUUAGUAAGAAUCUUUACCUCGGCCAACCUUUUGGCUAUUUACGCUAAGCGCGUCACACUCCAAGGCAAAGAUAUAGAGUGUCUUCGCUCGCUCCUUAAGGAGUAG